CUCGCACUCCUAUUCCAAAAUUAUCUACUGUCUAUUCUCUUCUUCUUCAAGAAGAGUCUCAACGUUCAUUACACAAUCCUCUUGAAUCUGUAGCAAUGCUUUCUCAUACUCCUAAUAAUCAAUAUCAAUCCAUUGCUUCUCCUUCUAUUAUUGAGUCCAAUGCUCUCAUUGUCAAAUCCAAUAAUCCAAAGAAAAAGUUUACUGGAACUUGCUCUCACUGUGGUUUUCAAGGCCAUUCUUCUGAACGUUGUUAUCAGCUUAUUGGUUAUCCAUCUAACUGGAAAGGUCCUAAGGGUCAAAGAUAUGCACCUGGUUUCAAACCUCCCUCUACCAAUGCUAACAAAUCAUCUCAAGCACACUUGGCAUCUGCUGCCCCAACUGAUACUACUGAUGUUCAUGAAUUUGACUUUUGCAAUCCUGAGCUAUACAAUCAAUUCCUUCAGUUCAUGAAGAAUCAACAAUCUGUGCCCAGCUCUUCUCAUGCUGCUAUGGCUAUAUCUCAAACUACUGAUCAUGAUAAAUCCUCAUCUCUUACUGACAACUCUUUCAAAGGACCAAAAUACACAGAAAAUCAUUGGUUAUGCUGAAAUUACAAAUGGACUCUAUCACUUGCAUCUUCCUACUCAUACUGCUUCUGCUCAUUCUGUCACUACUGCUUCAAAUAAUAAUUCUGUUCUAUGGCAUUAUAGACUAG